GCAGAGAGCUAGUAGGCAAGGUCUUCUGACUGAUGGGGAACUGCACGGCGUCGUCGCGGCACGCCGUCGAGUCAUGGGCGGACGACGGCGAGUGGGAGUGGGAGGAGGCGUCGUCAUCGUCGUCCGACAAGCACCACCACCGUGCGUCGGAGGAGGAGCACACAGAGGUGACGAUCAGGAUCACCAAGAGGCAGCUGCAUGAGCUGAUGGAGAGGAAGGCGUCCGGCGGCGGUGACGGGAAGACCCGGAAGCUACUGGAGGAUAUCAUGAACUCCGGGGAGGUGCACCACCAUGACCAGCACAGGGACGAGCACUGGCGGCCCGCCCUGCAGAGCAUCCCCGAGGCCGGCGAGUCGUCGUCGGCUGGUCCAUGCAUCUCGUGA